AUGUGUGGGUACAGUGGAUCAUUCUUUUUCUCCGACGAGGAACUUCGUCAACGAAUUCGGAUGCGAGUCGGUGCUCUUUCAGUUAUGCGGAGAUCCUGCGUCACUGUGGCAAGUGGCACCUACGUCGCUGUCUCUGGGGCCCCCGUGUUGGCGAAGGUUUCAACCGAGGCAGUUCUGGCAUUCCACGUCUCAUCUUUACCAUCUCCACACCGUCCUUGUCCUGAUUGUGUCUACCGGGUGAGUUCGAUUAAGCAAACUCGGCAGAAAACCCGAAGGUCGAACCUUAAACUCCGCCGACGCAUUUCGAUUCCUAAAGGGAAUAGGGAUGGGGUUUUCAAUCUUCAUUUUGCUUCGCGUGAUGGAUGUGGGAAGAACUUAAUCGUGUGUCGAUUAUUAUCUGUGCGAUUGUCUUCUUCUGUGCUUCGUAUCCAGGAGGACUGGUGGCAACGAACAAGGUGGUACUCGAAUUUUUGGUCCAUAACAAAAAUACUCAUCAAGGGACCUUGCCGCGCAUACCACUCUCAAGCCAAGGAAGGGCAGGACACUCAGGAGGAAUUGCAGAGAAGGAACCUACGUGAUGAGCUUGAAGAGCGUGAACGAAGGCAUUUCUCCUCAAAAAAUAAAUCGUAUAAUGAUGACAGGGAUCGUGGAAAGGGGAGCCAUCUUUUGUUGGAAGGGACAAAGAGGGAAACAGAAGAUCGUAUUGUUCCACGUAGUGUAGAUGCAGAUGAUUCUGAUGUUGAAGUCAAAAGUGAUGACGAGAGUGAUGAUGAAGAAGAUGAUGACGAGGAUGACACUGAAGCUUUGUUGGCUGAGCUUGAACAAAUAAAGAAGGAAAGAGCAGAGGAGAAGCUCCGUAAGGAUCGGCAACAGCGGGAGGAAGAGCUUAAAGUAAAGGAGGCUGAGCUUCUACGAGGAAACCCAUUGCUAAAUAAUCCAACAUCCUUCAAUGUGAAAAGGAGGUGGGAUGAUGAUGUGGUGUUUAAGAACCAAGCCCGCGGUGAAAGCAAGAUGCCCAAGCGAUUCAUCAAUGACACCAUCAGGAAUGACUUCCAUAGGAAAUUUCUGCAAAAAUACAUGAAGUAAGCGUUUGCGUGGAAUCAAAGAAACUUGGCAAUUUCCAGCGAUCCAUCGCAUAUCAAUGUAUGAUUCACUGUUAAUGGAUGUUGAUACUUUCUGAUGUACUGCGAUCUGACAUGCAAGUCAUAUAAUGAUGUGAACUGGCGAUGGUGGUCCGUUUCAGUCGGUGCCAAAUCAAAGAAUACAAGAGAUCCGUACUUAUCCAGGUCGCUGCGCUUCAAUAAUGGGAUCAGUCCCAAUCCUACUGGGUUUUGUGGUCAUUAUUUUUUUAUGUAUGAGAGUAAUAGAAUGUAAAAUAUGUAAAGUGAGGAAGAUGAGGACCUGCCCAAUCCUGCAGGCCACAUUUAUCUGUCUUGGUGGGUCCGCGCUCGGUCGUAGCCCCUAACGUUGUCUUCGGAUAGGCCCUUAACGCGGAACCUCGCUGUUGCCUAAUCCUUGUGCUUCACGUUGUUCCCUAAUUCCUACGCCUUAAAUUAAAGACUUGUGCCUUGCUAAGUGUGUUA